AGAAGAAAAGAAGAAGAAAGAGAAGUAUGCAACGUCCUGAAGAUCAUCCCAGGAUUGAUCUGGCCGAGCUGAAAGCGCAUAUUGUGAAGAAGAUUGGGGUUGAGAGAUCUAGAAGGUAUUUUUACUACUUGGGGAGGUUUCUGAGUCAGAAGCUUACUAAGAGUGAGUUUGAUAAGUCGUGUCACCGUCUUUUGGGGAGGGAGAAUCUUCCUCUACACAACAAGUUGGUUCACUCCAUCUUGAGAAACGCAUCUCUUGCUAAAUCCCCACCUCCUGGUCACAAAUCUUUGGUGCUUGGGAAAGAAGAUGGACCUGAUAGGAAUGAUCAUGUUCGGUCAAAUGGGGUGUUACAUAAGGUUCGGUCUGGAACGUGUGUGGGGACAGUCAGAGAUAGGCCUAGUCCACUUGGUCCAAACCAUCAGCCACUUUGUAGUAGAGAAGACAAAAGUGGUAAUAGAAACACUGAGAACGAGGACUUUGGUCCGUCUGCUUAUCAUAAAUCAAGUCUAUAUUCUGAUGAAAGAGGUCUGAAGAUACCGGAUAAAGGUCAGGCCGUAGAUGAUGAAGCUCAAGGUGAGCGAGGCAGAUUGGUUGUUUCCAAGGGUCCUGUAACGGCACCUCUAGGGAUACCAUUUUGCGCAGCUAGUGUCGGUGGGACCCGCAGAACAGUUCCAGUUUCGACCAGGGCUGACGUCACUAGUUGCUAUGAGAGUGGUGGAUUAUCAGACGCAGAGAUGAUGAGAAAGCGGAUGGAGAGUAUUGCAGCAGCACAUGGUCUUGGAGGAGUUUCAGCGGAGUGUUCUAGUAUGUUGAGCAACGUGUUGGACGUGUACCUGAAGAAACUGAUCAAAUCAUGCGUUGAUUUGUCUGGAGCUCGGUCACGAUGGAGCAGAGAGGAGAUUGUAAAUGGAGUGUGGCCGAGUAAUAGCUUGCAGAUACAAACUGGCAACCAAUUGUCUGGCAUAACGCAAGAACAGGAUUCGGUGUCUUUGCUUGAUUUUAGAGUUGCAAUGGAGCUAAAUCCAACUCAACUUGGCGAAGACUGGCCGUUGCUUCGGGAGAGAAUGUUAUUGCGUUCGUUUGAGGAACGAGAAGGGGUGUGAAAUUCAAAUGUUUGUGAUGUUGGAUAUUUGCAAAUUGUCUGAGGAAGCUGCUCUGGUUCAAAGAAACGGGCCAGUGGUUUUGGUAGCAAGACGGUUCAAAGAAAUGGACCUGAUGGCUGAGAGAGACACAUCUAAGUCCUGCAGCCACAGACUCGGGCCACUGUAUAUGAAUACGAAAUAUACGUGUUGUUGUAAGGUCAUUAAUAACUUGGCCACCCCAGCGAGUUUCAAGCUCUGUGUAACAACGCAGGCUGAUAAGGGAAUCAAGAGAAAGUUUUGGUGGAGAUACUGUGGGAGAAAGAUACAAACAAACAAGCAUGUAAUAGCUGCUGUAUUGCCUGUGUAUGUAACAUAGUCUUAGCAUUGUUCAGAGUUGAUAGCUUGUAAACGCAUUGACAUCACUUUUUACUUUUUACAUUUACAUUUUUUGUUUUCUCCUUUCAAUGAAAAAGUUAUUUUCACA